UCUGGAUAAUCAAGUACAUUUUACAUUGGGAUAGAAAGGCGGGAAAAUAUUACACUUCAGACUGCAGAGGUAAAUACUAUCAUAGAUUAUGGACUGUGAAGUAAAUACGAGACCGAGGAGAUAUGAACAUUGACAAUAUGAGAAAAAUGAUGGACCAUUUGGCCGUCCGUCAAUGUAGAGAAAUAAUCCUGGCAAAAGAAAAAAAAAACUAAGAGCCCAUGUCAGUUGCAGAACAUGAAAGCUACAAUAUCUUUCCAUUGUGAGUUCUGCAGAGAUGGAGUAGACGACCGUCUACUGCAAUAUGUACAGUUGGAGAUUAAAGACCAUCCAGAUUUAACAUGUAAAGUAGAGGACAAUCAGGUACUUAUUGAAGGGUGCCUGAGAACAGAUAUAGAACAGGAAAGAAAGAUCACUGGAGAAAUUGUAUGUAUUCACUGGAAAGAUGCUCAUUCAUUUCUGACUAAAAGUAAACAUAUGCGAUCUUGUUCAACAGUCAUGGUCCAAGUCGAUACACCGAAGAAUCAUUUUAUCACCAUACAUUGUAAUUUUAGUGAGGAUCGCGUUAUACUACUGGAUUCCUUUCAAUGUACAAAUGGGUUGGAGAUGUAUCCAGAACUAGCAUUGGAGUUAGAACAUCUAAUGAAAGAUCUGAACAUUUCGCUUAUACCAGUUGCCAUACAGAAAGAAAUCAAUGACGGAUUCUUUCAUUCUUUCAUGAAUUCCUUAACUGUAGAAUGGUCCAAACUUUUAACUACCCAACAAACCUAUGAAAUAUUCUUAAAUGAACUUGAGAUUUUUCAGGGUUUACUGAAGUCAACCAUGACAAGAGAAAAAAGUAUUAUAGAUCAUGAUAUGAACAGGAACGGUAAUUUGAAAAGAAUUGUAAAAGAACGAAUUCAAAGUGGUGUAGCAAAGGGUAAGACACUAGAAGACAUUAAAGAUUCCAUGAAGACAGUUUGCCAGAGUUUAACACGUGACAUUGAUGUGUACAUUGAACUCAAAUAUGCUAAAUGUGUUGCAGAUAAAUUUUUGAUACAUUUACAAAACACUUUUGAAACUCAAGGUUCUAGUUAUGUCGUUCUGCGAUCUGAGGUCCAAAACAUUUCAGAAAUCAAGGGCAUAAAAGAGCCUUUCGAUACUAUACAAAACUACAAACAACUUCAAAAAUGUGCUACACUUUUAGAUUCCAAAUCAAAGAUACGAUUUUUGAAAGGUUUUCAUGACCUUUGUCAUUACAAUUCAACAUCUGAAAAAGAAAUCGAAAUUGACGAAAGAAACUUUUUAAAUGAAUUACAAAACCAUAUGAAAAAUAUAGUUUUCAAUAUGUCUCAAGCAUCAGAAAAACUUCCAAAAUACUUAAAGAAUGCAUGGAAAAAAUCAUACAAUGCAGUGUACGCGAAUGAUUUACUCAAGAAAAUAUCCAAAACAAACGAUCGGUCUUUGUCAAAAUUGCAGAGUUUAGCUUUAAAAUUGUCGAGUUGUCAUUCCGAAUCAUUUAUUAUCUCCCUUGGAAGACUUUUUGGGAAAUUUUAUGAAAAAAUGUCUACCAGUUUCGUCACUGAAAAUGGCGUAGACAUUUUCAGAUGUGAAGGAACUUUUGUUGAUUUGAGGACAGUUAAAACCAAGAUCAAAGCAAAACAAGAUUUAUUUGAAAAAUGUUCGCAAAUUGAAAUACAGGCAGAAUUAUAUUUUUGUGUAAACUGCGACGUCAAAUGGCGAGGGAAAAACGUCAUUAUUGUCACAGAUACACUAAUCGUAGAUGAAGAUGAAGAACAAAUUGAAUACUCUUUGGAUGUUUCUGGCAAAAACGGUCUUUCACACCUUGAAAAUAAGGCACGGAACGGGACCGAACCGGACAGAGAUGGAUUAGCAGGCGAACCAGGAAGGCAUGGUGAAAGUGGUGGAAACGUUCAAAUUAUUGCUAAUGUUUUCAAAGAUGUAGAUGAUAUGACUGUCAUUUCAAACGGUGGAGAUGGUUCGGACGGCCAACAUGGCGGUACAGGUGCAGAUGGAAUAAAUGGAGUUGAUGGCAAAGAGAUUUCCGAAGUGGUGUUCAACAAAAGAUUUCCUGACGUUGCACAAUUUGAUACGCUUGUAUAUGUUAAUAAUUUUAAAGCAUUUAAAAAGAAUAAUUCGUUUACCACUGUAUUUGAAGAAAUCGCAACAGGUCUUUUUAAUACCAAUGAAUAUGGAAUCGGUGGAAAUUACUACUUCAAAGGAGUAACUGAUGACAAUCAUGCAAUAGAAUAUGGAGUUUGGUCGUGUGGCGCUUUUCUAUCUUUGCCAGCGUUCGUUGGAGCUCCAAUUAGGCAAUCAUAUUGUUUUUGUUCUGGUCAGCCGGGGACUUCUGGUACUCCGGGAGGCAACGGAGGUGCAGGAGGAAAAGGAGGAAAAGGCGGAUUUCAAGGAAAGAUUGAUAUAAGAAAUUGGAAAGGAAAACACAUGUGUACAAUUAAAACCUCUUGUCAUCCGGGUCAGUGUGGAUCUGACGGAAAAGACGGGAGAGGAGGAAUUGGUGGUAAGAAUGGCAAAAAUGGAAACGAUAGAGCACACAUUUGCCCAAGUCAAGCAAGAUCAACGAGAGUGUAUACAGGACAUCUUAGUAUUGUUGCAUAUGAAACAUCAACAAGUGAUAUGUCAUAUUGUCCAAAACGAGAAAAAUAUAUAGAUAUCAAAAGAAAAGCAUCUGAAUAUCCUACACUUCAGAGAUGUAAAGAUGGGGAAAAGGGACAAAGUAAUAAGAGGCAUAACAACCGAAUGACGGAAACCUCAAGGACAAAAAAGGCUCCAAUUGUAUUCAAAAAGAUAAAAGAAAGAUUCCAGCAUAUGUUCUAUUCGAAGGAUGAUAGUAUUAGCCUUCAGGACAAUGUUGAGGCAAAUACAACAAGAAUGGAAGACUUUACUUCAUACACCUCUUCUCAACACAUUAGAAAGGUGAUCAAAGAUACCAGAGAACAUGACUAUGAAAAUCAAAUUCAAAGCAAACAACUUGCACCAGUAUGCAUUGCUAAAAAGAGUUAUCAUUUCAAUGACACACCGAUGUCAACAUUCGAAAGAAAUCAUCAUUUAGAGAAGUUUUUAAUGCAGAAAGUUGAAACAGCAGUAGCGGCAGUAUUGACAGCAGUGAAUAAAGAAACCAAAGAAGCAUUUCCAGAUAAAGAACUUUGUACAAUUUUUGCAAUUGUAGAUCAAAUGUCAAUUCAUAAUAGUUUUGAUGAAAAACAUUAUGAACAUUUUCUAGACUUAAUAUAUCUUAUUAAAAACAAAUGUAUGAAACCUUUUUGCGAGGAAAAUUGGACAUACCUACAUGUUAACUACUGGAAAGACAGAAUUAUGAUUAAUUUUAAGUUCUACGUAUUAGAGAAUGUUGAUAGAAUGGUCAGACUUUACACAAAGGAAAAAGAAAGGGAAAUGUACACGAAUGAUCCUUAUUCUAAAACAAUAAUGGAUGAUCUACAGCUUGGAUUGAAAACAUUGUUUAAACACUUGAUUUGGAGUGUUUUGAAAUCAGACGAUGUGUCAUAUCUGAAAACCAUGGAGCAGAGUGUACAGAAACAAUUAGAUGAUCUUAUGCAGGAGAUAACGGAUUAUCGGAGAACCGUUUCUUUGUUUGGAGGAAAGGCCACAAUGUGGGUUGCUCAAGACGUGAAGGCUUUCAGUGAACCGGACAACGCGGAAUCAGAUUCCGACAGUGAAAUGGAACUUGAAUGUCAACUUGACUCCGAUAUUGAAAUUGUAGGAGAGUCCAAAACUGAUCCGAAAUUUUCAAACGAGUCUAAUCCGGAAAAUAGCUUUGUAGCACCAGGAAAUUGUAAAGCGUUCAAUGAUCUACACUUGGAGAAGGAAAAUGAGAGUGACAUAACUGCUUUGUUAGAAUGGGCAAAAUCUAACAGUACAAACAAGGUCAACGUUUGCUGUAUAAUAGAGAAGUUACAAUAUAUACAAUCAGAACAUAUUUCCCUAACUCUUAAAUGUUUAAGAUAUCGUCUUAUAAAUCAAUGUUGUCAAAUUUCAGAAGAAUUAUUAUUAUGGCUCUUGAUGAGCCUUUUCGAGAACGAGGAGUGCAUAGAAAACGGAAAAUACCUACGAAUGAUAGCUGCAACUAAACCAGAGAAAUGGAUUUUCGAAUGGAUAAUUCAAGAAAUGAUGUUUCGGUCUGAUCUCAAGGAUGAAUUGAUAUGUAGAGAUUUACUUAGCAGGUUACAUGGGGACAACGUAUAUUUUUUUCUCUGUAGAUAUAUGUCGAAACUUGGCGAAGGAGAACUAAUGACAAAACAUACGAUUGAAGUCAUGGUGGAAUCUCUGGAAACAUUGAACCAAGAUGUUGAUGAAAGUUUGCUAGCAGUAUUGGAAAACACAAAUAUAUUUGAAUGGUCCUAUACAAUUAAAUGGAAUGAAAAUAUAAAUGCACUUCAGUCUCUUCCAUUUUCCUGGCAGGAUGAAUCAAAGCUGUUAGAUGCUGCGUAUUACAGUAGUCAAAUCAUCAACAGAAGUGGACAGAAAUUUGUUAAUAAGAUUUACCAUUGUGUCAAGACUUAUCCUGUUGAACAACAUAUAUUUCAGUCUGCUUUGAAAAGGCUUUAUACUGGCAGUUUGAGUAUAGAUAUAAAAGACUUGUACAUGGUCGAAUCUUCUGAAGAAGCAAGUAGAAUAUUUGGAGAUAAUCUUAUCUACCAUGGUAUCAGAACAAGAGAUUGUAUCUUGUCAAUCAUGAAAGCUGAUUCCAAUACAACAUUAACGGAGGAUCAAGCAAGACAAAUAGGAUCAAUCUUAGCUAAAAUAAAUAAAAGAAGUUCUAAGCCAUCAACUGUGCUUACCAAUUCAGUGGAAGAGGAUGAAGACAAAAAUGAAUAUACAACUCGAAAUAUAUUAUCUUUUACACAGAAUGAUAUAAAAGUUUGGUCGCAAGUAUGUAAGCUGAUGUUAAAGUCACGUACACUGCGAUUUUCCAAAAUUUUCACAGAAAUAGUGGCUGUAAUAGAAAGAGCAAUAACAUUGAAAAGAGGUUAUGGCCUCCGCAACACACAAAAAAUCUCUAUUAUUUCUUUUCUCUUUGAUUUAGAUGUUUCUCACAAAGGAAUUCUACAACAAAUGUCAACGGGAGAAGGCAAAACAAUUGUAAUAGUUGUUCUGUCCAUACUUAAGGUACUACAAGGUGAAAAGGUCGAUAUUAUUACAAGCUCUUCUGUACUUGCAAAGCGGGACUCAGAGAUAAAUAAAGACAUUUUUGACUUAUUUGAGAUUUCUGUGUCGAACAAUUGCAGUGAGGAUAAACAUGACCGACAAGACGCAUAUUUGUCAUUCGUAGUAUAUGGCGAGAUAGGGACAUUUCAGCGUGAUAUUCUGUUGACAGAAUUUUACGACGAGAACGUAAUAGGGGGACGAGAUCGAGAGAACGUUAUUGUAGAUGAGGUAGACAGUAUGUUACUUGAUAGAGGCGAGACAGUUUUGUAUUUGUCACACGAGAUUGCUGGAAUUGAUGCCAUUGAGUUCGUGUACACAUACAUAUGGUCAUUGGUUAAUUCGAAAGAAAUGAUUGGAACAGAUGACGAUCGUAAAAAUGUACGUCAAUGUAUGCUUGAUGCAAUGUAUGGUAUAAUAUCUAUGAAAGAUAUAUGUAAAUGUUCUCCGCUAGAAAAUACAAUAAAUGUCCAUGAAAUAUGGAACAGUUUGAAAAAAGAAAAUAUAAUUGACAGUGAAGGGCGGUUACUUACACGGAGCUACGCACGUUUUGAUCAACUUGAAAAUAAUGGUACAACUAAUGGUUGCGACACAACAGGACAUGUCGUCAGUAUGCUGAAGGAUACGGUCAGGAAGGGAAUUUUGGUAGAGGUUCCGAAAUUUUUAGAAUCUUUCAUUAAUAGACAUCUGGACACUUGGAUAAGAAAUGCAUUUUAUGCUAAGUAUAUGGAAGAAGGCAAACACUUCAUUAUUGAUAUAGACCGAACAAAAAAUGACAGAGGCAAAGAUGUGAACAUUGUUAUAAUGGAUAUUGACACGGGAACUGAACAGUACCACAUGCAAUGGAAUUCUGGUCUGCACCAAUUUUUACAACUAAAAUAUAAAUGUGCUAUUUCUGCAGAAAGUUUAAAGGCUGUAUUCAUGUCAAACAUUUCUUUCUUUCGCCUGUAUUGUAACUUGUAUGGUUUAACUGGAACACUUGGAUCACAGAAAGAAAGGGACUUGCUGAAAGACAUGUACAAUGUCAGCUACAUUACAAUUCCGACAUUUCAAGAACCAAAGUUUGUUGAACAUGACACUUAUUUGUGCGAAUCGACAGAUAAAUGGGUAAAAUUAAUAACAGAGACAUCUGUUUCUCUGUCAAAAUCUAGACCAGUAUUAGUCAUUUGUGAGACCAUACACUCAUGUGAUGAAAUAGAAAAAGAAUUUGAGCGAAAUCGAGUUAAUGCUCAUGUAUAUAAGAACAGUUAUUGCGAAUUGUCUAUUCUGAAAAAUGAAACGGAGCUCGAAAGUGGCUGUAUCAUACUAGCUACAAACCUAGCCGGACGUGGAACUGAUAUACGAAUAAGUGAGGAUAUCAGUGUCCUUGGAGGACUCCAUGUCAUUUUGACAUAUUUGCCAUCAAAUCUCCGCAUAGAAGAACAAGCAUUCGGAAGAGCGGCAAGAAAGGGCCAACACGGAUCAGGUCAGUUGAUAAUUUGUGAAUGUAUGAAAGGACAACACAAAACCACGGAAAUUCUUACCAUUUCACGGAUGAAAAUACAACGUGACACAACAGAAAACGAAAGAAUUUCCAAAAUACAACAGAGGUAUGAGACUUUUAUUCGUGCUGAAGAAAGACUAUUCAGGAAAUUUCAAACGUUCUACGACAAGCUCAAACAAAAGCUUAUCACGAAACAGACGGAAUCAGAAUUUCAAAAAGUAAUAUUGCAAGCAUUACUUGAUCGCUGGGCGUUUUGGUUAGACUCUGUCGAAACUUCCUUGGAAAUUUCAGGAAACUUUUCAUCAAUAAAGGACAAUCUCAUUGAGUUUUUACAGGAAAUAGAUGUGUCAAGGGUCAAUCAUGAUUCAAGUAAAAUGACAAUGAUGCUACAUAGUCCUUCACAAUUGGUUAAGGCAGGAAAAGCAAAAACGUCAUCGAAAGAAUAUAACAACGCACAGACUUUUUUUGAUAACGUUAUAGACUGUGACCCAUCGUUUUCAGAAUCUGCACUUUACUACAAAGUUCACUGCCUAUUAAAAAGAGGGGAUUGUACAGGUGAUGAUUUCAAAAUUGUCCGAAAUAUAUUUGGAAUUUGCAAAUAUAUGAUUGAACAACGUAUAGAAAAACUAAGAAACGCAGUGCAAAUAGUAAAUGUCAUCAGCUCACAGUACACCAACAAAAGAGAGACAUUUACGGUAUCGGAUGGAUUUUUCCAACAGAAAGAAAAUGCUAUACAGAUAUAUUACCAAAUUAUAGACUCAAUCGAUUCUAUGAAUGGAUAUGCCAUAGAACCUGCUAUGUUUGUAGAUGCCACGUGUGGUCAGCUAAAUGCAAACAUGAUUUUCCGAGAUUUAGACACAAUAGGAAUUCUAUCUCCUCAUAAAGUUCGGGUAUUUCCCCCCGAAAAAACCACUUGGCAAUCUGUUACAGAGAGCUACGAGUUGUACUCCAACGAAAUAUAUUCAAAACUAGAUCAGCUUAAAGACAAAAACCGUGUAACAGCUGACGACUUUCAAGAUAUUCUUCCAAGUAGGGAGGAACUGUGGAUAUUCCUGAUGGACCAGGGUGUACUGAAGGACCCAAAAGAUUGUAUUUUGUUGCAUGAUAGAGACUUUCAAAGAUCUCGUCACAUAGUACCUAUGCGAAUCGUAGAUAUAUUAAAAUCGCUUGAAGACAAAAGUGUCGAUACUGAUAUUGAUAUUAAGAAGCACAUUUUCUUGUACUCAGAUCAAAAAGACAAAAUCCUUGCAGGUGAAGCAAGUCUCAUUCGUAUUGACACAUUUAAAGAUAAUUUAGGAUUUGGUCAAAUCCUUGAGGUGUUGAAAAGAGAAAAGAUAGUAUCUACUUGUUCUUUUGCACUUUUAGCACCAGGAGCAGAGAAAAAAAUGUUGCAUAGUAGAAUACCAAAAUUUGAUCAUGUUGGAUGUAACACAUUUAUAGUAAUGGGUGUACCCAGGGAUACGUCAAAGGUUAUAUUCGAUCAAUUGGUGGCAAAUGAGAUUCUUUCUAUUGACGGGCGAUUACUUACACUAGAAUUGGGAAGCAUUUGGCUGUCUUCAUUUAGCAAUUAUACAACUGAAGUUCGAAACAUAGUAGCAAAAUACUCAAAAUACCGGAUAUGUACAUUUCAUCUUUUGACGGAGCUAGAAUUACCAAUAGAUCUUUUUUCACGACCACACGAUAUACUAUUCGGAGACCUAAUUGAAGCUGGUGUAGUUACACCUUUUAAGGUGAAGGGUAACAUUUCAGAGAAGGAAAUGACUGAACAAUUAAAGUUUUUAUAUGGUCACGAGUGUGACAAGAAAAAGGCUCAACUAAUCGAAAUAGUAAGUUCCAGCAUUGAAAGUGGAAAAUACCGUAACUUUACACGAUCAGAAACGAAGGUGUUAUUUGACGAAGGAAUAUUUUUAGAUGAUGGGUUAGUAAUCGAACUGUAUUUCAAACGUUUUUUCAGUGAGUUACCAAAAAUAUUAAGUUCCGAGAUUUAUGACCUGUGCCGAGGAGGUUCUUUUACUGCGUAUGAAAUAGAAAGAGACUUGAUUGAUAAAAUGGUCUGCGUUAGAAGUGACACCAAAGAUUUGAAAUACCUAACAGUUGUUAUUAAAAACGACUCACUGAUGAAAACAUUACUGAAGCAAGAAUUAAGCAGCGUUGAGAAUGAAAUUAAAUGCUUUAUAUCAAGUCGACUUCAAAAUUAUCAAAAUACAUCCGGAUUAGUAGCGCAGCUUGAAAGAUGGAGAGAGGGCCUGGCUAAAUUUGACAAUGUUGACACUAAACUCCGGUCGUUAGCAGAUAGUUGUACAGAGGAGCAACUCAUAGGUCUUUAUGAUGAGAUUUUAUCAAUGACAAACAAUGGUUUUGGUGAUCUUAUUAUCUUGAAGGAACGAAAAUGGACAUUCAAAUCAGUUUUCAAGAUGUUCUGUAUCCUAGCAAUAGGACUGAUUCAAAUAGGUUUAGCACUUGCUAUUGAAUUCUAUUCAGUUGGAACUGGAACAUUCGUUGCAAACGCUUUGCUAAGUGAAGGUGUUGGAGAUAUCAUGUUUGCAGUUGAAUGUAUGAUUUCGGGACAUUGCACAAUGCAGUCAUAUUUACACCACAAGGCAUUGAGUGUGGCAAUAACAGUUGCCAGUGCUGGUAUCGGGGCUUUUGCUGCAAGAGGGUCAAAAUUUUCAAGAUUUGGAAACAAAAUAGGCGGUCAGUUUUUGCAAAAACAAUCUGGAAGUGCACUUUUGAAACAAGGCGUGUCCAAAAGAUUAUUGGCGAAAGCUGCAGCUAAACGAAUUGGAAAGAAACUUGUUGAAGUAACUUCUAUGAAGUUAGUGGAUAAAGGUGUAGAUUUUGUUAUAGAGAAAACUGUGCGAGCAUCUUUGGUUGAAUUCUGUGGCGAAAUAACAAAGAAAACACCGAAGGUAGCAUUAAAAACUAUUGAAAUACUGACAGAAUCUCUUUCUGCUCUUGUUAGAAAAGUUGGCAAGCAAAAUGCAGAACAAAUUGUUGAAAAGUUUAUUAACAAAUGUUUAACCUUGCAGACAUCUGAUGUUUCAAUGAUUCUUAGCAAGUUUGGUCAAAUUGCUAAUGCAUUUGGUAACGGCCUAGGUGAAGCCAUGGAAAAAUUGGGGCAUAGCGGAGAUUCCAGAAUGGAAUCUUUAAGUAAAAUAGCCAAGAUUGUCAGUGUAAUUGGAAAAGGUAUUAAAAUUGUAAAUGCUGUCCAAGAAGUCGGUAUAUUGAGAUCUUCAAUCUUGGAAAAAUUUAACAAUGAGAUUGUUGUGAAAUUACAAUUCGAAGACGGAGAUGUAGAGGUUGAAGACUGCGAGUCAUGGGCAUCAGAUCAGGUAGAUAAUGCAAUAAAAAAAGCUAAUACUGAAGUCACCAAAUAUCUAGAAAUGCAGUUAGAAGACAUUGUGGUAAAGCCAAUAUUACAAAAAGUAGGAUAUAAGAUAACAAGACAAAUAACUAAAAGCGUAAGUAAAUUGUACCGUUAUGGGAAAACAUGCCUUCAUCAAAAUGAUUUCAAUCGACUGAAAGCAGGACAUGAGUCUGAACUGCAUCAAGCACCAUCUGAAGCGAAAGACGAGAUUAAGUUACAGUACACUAAGAAGCUUCUAAAAUUAUUAAAAAAUACGAGGGACCCCAGCUUAUUUGCUGACAUUGUGAAAGAAGGAAUCCCCCUGGGUAUACACUCUGUUCAAGCUGUUUCCGAGAUUACAGGUGCUGUAAUUAACAUUGAAACGAUUGGAGGUGACGCAGUAACUAUGCCUCAGAAGUUUACACCUUGCGGAACAUAUUGUGGGGAACAGGGUUGCAUUACACUACAAUUUCAUGUCAAUCCUGAAACUGGCAUUGGUCAUUUUGUAUCUCCAAAUAGUAUGGAAGGCGAAUCUAAGCAUUAUGACUGUCUAUUAGAAGCUGUUACGCAAGAGACAGGAAUGGUUCUUCGAAGGGAGCACAUUGCAGAAACUAUAAGAACGCAUCCUGAAAUUCGGAGAAAUAUAAAACAAGGUAUCCACGAACAUUUCAUUAUCAAGGGAGGAAGCGGUGGGGUAGUUCAUGAUAGGAAGAAAAAAACAACCCCAAUGGAAAUAAUUGAACAAGGAAGAUUGCUACUUAUCUCCAAACAGGCAAAAGAAGAUAAAAUAUUAAUUGAAUUACAGAAAAGAGGACUUCCUACUACAAGACAAAAUAAAAACAAGAUCUGGGAAGAAAUGAAAAAGGAAAAUGAAAACGGAGAAAUUGAAAUCAGUAGGCAAAUUAAAAAAUCUGAGUAUUUUUUUAAAUCACAAAGAGACAAAUCAAAGCUUUCACAUAACUCUGAAAAAGCGACAGGAAACGAUGAAUUGUUUGAAACACGUUUGCUUGUGACAGAAAUAGCCCAAAGUUGUGUAAAAAAUAGUCCUAAAUACGUGGAACCAACAGAGAUUCAGUUUGGAGAUAAGUCAGAAGAUGUUGAUUAUCUGCAAGCUUACUAUCACUGUAGAUUUGACACUCGUUAUGUUUUGUUCAUACGGGAAGGAAAGUUGCAGGGUCAUUCUGGUGCUCUAUUCUUUAGGUCAAAGGAUGCAGCCGUGGAGGCAAAUGAAGAAGGUGUCAUUAUAGAAAAGUCAAACGUGGGUGGUCUGACAUCGGGGUCGAAAGACUUUCACAAACAGAGAACAGAUAAGGUCUGGGAAGGCAAAGAAAACCAUUUGUUCAGUAUACUGAACGGUAUACAAAAACAUGUUGAAAUGUUACCAACAAAGGAACAACUAGAAAAUACGGAUUUGAGCAAUUGUUAUUCACCAAUGGGCUAUCACUUGGAUAUAGACGAUCACAGGGAUAAAUUCAUAAUUGGCCUUGAACGCGAAAAAUACAAAUUGUGUAUUGCUGCUGAACACCUCAUACAUAGCAAUAAGAAUGCAUAUAAAACUAGAUCAUUGAAACAGUUCGAAAGAUCCUUUCGUGAUUUGAAGAAAACGAUAAAUGUUGACAAAACUUACAAACAAACAAUUCAAGAUAAAGUUAAGAGAAUAGAUAGCUUCAAAUCUUUUGGAAAUAUACUGAAAGACCCAGCGCCACAUCCUCCGCCGUCUACAAACAAUUAAUCAAUCAAACGUGUAUGAGUUUCAUGAACAAAAUAAAUAGUAGGAAAGUCAUAUAUACUACUCAAAGAAAGUGUGAUCUGAAAUGAACAGCAUUAUUGUUUUAAAAGAAUAUUUGAUUGAUUAAAGAAGAAAAGUAUGAUACAAAUGGGAGGGGAGCCUCCUGGACUAUCGAUUGUAAAAUUAAUUAUGUUCAAAAACAAAUAUUAUGCUUCAUGCUAUCAUUGACCAAACUAUAACCAAGGUAAAAGUUAUAAACAUAUAGUUAGUUUAUUAGUAGGAUAUGUACUAGAUGUCUACUUAUAUUAAUCCUUAAAAUAUUUUAACGCUAAACCAGUCGAAAGAUAAACU